AUGGGGUUCAGUUCUGUCGCCGAGUUCGAUGAAGCCUACGCCAGCGUGCAGAAUGUAUUUGCAAAAGGGACCACCACGAGUAAAAGAUGGCGGAGACAACAGCUCAAGCGCGCCUGGUGGAUGAUCGAAGACAACAAAGACCGUAUCAGCUCGGCACUCUACACAGACCUCCACCGACACCGUCAAGAGAGCUUCCUCUCAGACAUCGCCAUGGUACAAGCCGAUAUCCUCCGCACGCUCGAAAAGCUCGACGAAUGGACCGGAGACGAGAAGCCGACAAGACGGGAUCUAUUCAAUUUCUUCGGCGGCACUGUUAUACGCAAAGAGCCAAAGGGAAUCGCACUGAUCAUCGGUGCCUGGAACUUCCCAAUUCUGCUUCUCCUCCAGCCCAUGGUUGCUGCAAUCGCCGCCGGCUGUACGAUGAUUCUGAAGCCAUCAGAUAUGGCGCCUGCUACGCAAGAUCUACUCCUCGACAUCAUCCCUCAAUACUUGGACCGUGAUGCUAUUCGGUGUAUUAGCGCUGGUCCACAGGAGAUGCAGUAUAUUCUUGAAAGACGCUACGGCCAUAUAUUCUAUACAGGCUCAGCCAGCGUCGGCAAGAUUGUUCAUGCUGCAGCUGCGAAGCAUCUUACCCCGACCACUUUAGAAUUGGGAGGACUGGUGCCUGCGAUUGUUACGGCAACAGCUGAUAUUGAGCUGUCCGCGAAACAUGUUGCGGCGACAAAGUUCACCAAUGCCGGCCAGAUUUGCCUCAACGUCAAUCAUGUCCUCGUCGACCCAAGUGUUAAAGAGGCCUUCAUCACCAGCUUAAUCAAACACUUCGCCACCUUCAUGGGUAGCAAACCCCAAGCAGAGCACUACACGCAUAUCAUCAACAUUCGCAACUUCGACCGUCUCGACACCCUACUAAAACAAACAAAGGGCCAAAUAGUGUACGGCGGUUCUCGCAACCGUGAAACCCUCUUCUUCGCCCCGACGAUAGUCACAAACCUCGACGCAGACGACGCGCUCCUCCAAACAGAACUCUUCGGCCCCAUUCUCCCAAUCCUAGAGUCCACCCUCGACCAAGCCAUCACCUUUACCAGACAAACAGAAACCCCGCUAGCAAUCUACGCCUUCAUGCAAUCGACCUCCGAAAAAGAACGCAUCCUCACCGAAACACAAUCCGGCGGCGUCACCUUCAACGAUUGCACUCUACACGUUAUCGCCAAGGAUGCACCGUUUGGCGGAAGCGGAGGCAGUGGACACGGAUAUUAUCAUGGUCCGUACGGAAUUCGCGAAUUCUCGGAUUUGAGGACGGUCACGAAUGCGCUUCCUGCUUGGAUGGAGGGCGUUAUGGCGGCCAGAUAUCCGCCUUACUCGGAUGUGAAGCUUGGGAAACUUGUCCCUGUUGUGAAGCCUGGGUUUGAUCGGGAGGGAAAUGAUGUUUCGAAUGGGGGUUGGAAGAGGUGGAUUGUUGGACUGGGUGUUUUGGGGGAGGCUUGGUAUUUGGGAUGUCUAUGCUGUGACCUGAGGGGGUGGACAUCGAGUUGCUAG